AUCCGAGAUAAAACCAAAUCAACCCAUCACUAAGACCCGCUUUCCUCUCUCCCGAGUCUUUCCCAUUCCUACCUCUGCAAUCGAGUUCGAGAAACAAUUACUCUCCAAUGGUGGCACACCAAAACUUGCAAUUUAUCUCUUUAACACCCUUUCAUUCUUGAACCCCUUUACUUCGGAUUUGGAGGGGGGAUUGAGUCUCAAUAAAUCACAACUUUGAGAAGCAUAAAUUUGUCCAAAGAACAAUUUCGUAUAACUAGAUUAUUAGAUAAGAUGGAAAAUUAUGCUGGAAAAUGGUUUAGAUGUCUGAGCAGAAGAAAACAAGUUGAUUCUGUUCAUGCAAAUUCUUCUUCUUCCACAAGUGGACAGCCACAGCUUGCCAGAGCAUUAUCUGUUCCUCAUAUCACCGCCAUUGGAAUUGGCACGACCAUUGGUGCCGGAGUUUAUAUUCUGAUCGGUACAGUCGCUAGAGAGAGUACCGGACCGGCCCUGUUUCUAUCCUUUCUGUUUGCUGGUAUAGCUGCUGCUCUCUCUGCAUUUUGUUAUGCAGAGCUCGCCAGUCGGUGCCCUUCUGCUGGCAGUGCGUAUCAUUACUCAUAUGUAUGUGUUGGAGAAGGUGUAGCAUGGUUGAUUGGUUGGGCUUUGAUGCUAGAGUAUACAAUUGGGGGAUCUGCAAUUGCCCGUGGCAUAUCUCCGAAUCUGGUUUUGCUCCUUGGCAGCAGUGAUAGGCUGCCUACAUAUCUUAGUCGUCAAUAUAUUCCUGCUCUUGAUGUUGUUGUUGACCCUUGUGCAGCCAUUCUUAUUUUUGUUGUCACCAUGCUCUUGUGUCUUGGUAUUAAAGAGAGUGCAUUUGCACAAGCUGUUGUGACAACGGGAAAUGUCUGUGCUAUGCUUUUUGUUAUAAUCGCUGGGGGAUACCUAGGUUUCAAAACUGGAUGGGCUGGUUAUAAGCUCCCCACAGGGUACUUCCCUUUUGGCAUAAAUGGUGUUCUUGCUGGCUCUGCUACCGUUUUCUUCUCUUAUAUUGGUUUCGAUGCUGUUGCAAGUGCUGCUGAGGAGGUGAAGAAUCCGAAACGAGAUUUACCGUUGGGUAUAGCCUUUUCACUGUUAAUAUGCUGUACAUUGUACAUGCUGGUUUCUGUUGUUGUUGUUGGUCUGAUUCCGUAUUAUGAACUUGAUCCGGACACUCCUAUUUCCUCUGCGUUUUCUAGUCAAGGGAUGCAUUGGGCAGCGUAUAUAAUCACGAUUGGAGCAUCAACAGCCCUUUUUGCGUCUCUGUUGGGUUCAUUUCUUCCACAGCCCCGAGUCCUCAUGGCGAUGGCUAGAGAUGGCUUGCUACCCUCAUUUUUCUCAGAUAUUAACCCACACACACAAGUUCCUGUGAAGAGUACAAUUGUAACUGGAGCUUUUGCUGCAAUUCUAGCCUUCUUCAUGGAUGUUUCUCAGCUGGCAGGAAUGGUUAGUGUAGGUACUCUUUUGUCUUUCACAAUUGUUGCCAUAUCUAUACUUAUAGUCAGAUAUGUUCCGCCGGAUGAGGUGCCGCUUCCAUCAUCGCUUCUGGAAUCAACAUGUGUGGCUUCAUCAGAAUGUAGUGCUAUCGUUGAGGAGCUUGAUGAGGCAAAUACUCAAAAGCACGUUGGCUCCACCAAUGAUGAAAUUCAACCUGUACAUCACAACGAGAACUUAUCUGCUACAUAUCCUUUGAUUUUGAAGCAAUCAGCUGAAUUCAGUAGUACUUCACAUGAUGAGAAGAGGCGAAAAAUUGCUGGCUGGACCAUAUUGCUCACAUGUCUAGGGGCAUUUCUUCUCACAUUUGCAGCUUCAUAUGCGGGGCUUCCCAGUAUCCCUCGCUUCACAUUAUGUACGAUAGGCGUUGGUCUUGUUAUAUCCAGUUUGGUAGUUCUCUCAUGCAUUAAUCAAGAUGAUGCGAGGCACAGCUUUGGUCACACCGGAGGUUUCAUUUGCCCGUUGAUUCCACUGCUACCUGUUGCUUCCAUUCUCAUCAACAUGUACUUGCUGGUGAAUCUUGGUGCCUCCACUUGGGUUCGUGUGCUUGUAUGGAUGGCAAUUGGAGUGCUUAUUUAUAUGUUGUAUGGGAGGACUCAUAGUUCACUGAGGGAUGCAGUUUAUGUGCCUGCAGCACGUGCAGAUAAGAUCUUACGCAGUUUAUGCAGGGCUGACUAGGCAUUCAUACACAGAUUACAGAUACACUAACCUUAACAAUGGAACGUACAUUGUGUACAGGAGACAAUGUAUACAUGAACAUGACAGCUUUUGAAACUGGGAGCCAUUGUUAUACUUUCAUCGUUUUCUUGUUAGCAGGCAGAUGUAUAUAAGUAUAUAACUCUGUUAUGUCUCGAAUACUAUCAAUGUUGUGAUAGAUCUCUAUAUCUUUUUUGACAUUCUCUUAAGCUUCCCCUCAUA